AGAUCGUCGAAAACCGCAUGAGGGAUGGCUGCGUUUUUUAAUCCCGGUGCCCCCGCACGGAAUCCAAUUACGGAUGAUGUAGUAUUACACCAAUUGAUGAACGGAAAUCUAUCGGAGAUUGAAGAUUUUGAUGAUGACGACUUGGAAUUUGAACCAAACACCCUAUUUGAUCAAUUGGCUUGCGAAAAUCUCUUCGAUGGUGACAACCCUAAUGAAGAUGAAGAAACAAGACACCAAACAUCACUAUUGAAGUGUCCUCCGGUGGUGCAACCUCCAUCUAGAUUGACGCCGCAAAAUCCUGCUUCAUUAAUGACGCAACAUCCUCCUCCACCACAGACGCAGUCUCCAUCAACCAUGCAACCGUCUUGCCCAUCAUCCACGUCGCGUCGUUAUCGAGAAAGGUCAGUUUAUUUAUCCUCUGAGCGAUCGAGAUAAAUCCCCGACUGCCUAUGUAUUGGAGGGCUGGUACUAGCUUGGAAAUUGUCAGCGGUUUAAUUUCACGGGACAGGUUCUUUACCCUUCGCAAUUCAUUACACGUAGUUGACUCAGAUUCUCCAUCUGCAUCCGAAAUUGGUAAUCCACUAUGGAAGGUUCAACCUAUGAUCGACCAAAUUAAAGGUGCCUGUAGUCAAUUAGAAAGGGUGCCGGGAUUUUACUCGAUCGAUGAGCAGAUGCAUUUACAGGCCGCUGUCAACUUCACCAGGUAGUGAAGAACAAACCUAGGCCUGUGGGGAUUAAAAACUUCGUCCUCACAACUAGUGAAGGAUUAAUGUUAGAUUUUGAAAUACACAGGGGUGCAAGGACGAUGUUUGGUGAUACGAAUCUUGGUCUGGGUCCUUCGGUAAUCUUACAUCUAGCUAAAAGUAUUCCCCCAGGUAGCUGUGUAAAUCUGCAUUCGACUGGGACAAUAAUGUUAAAUCGUAUCGCUGACCGAGCUACAAUAAAAUUUAAAAUGGAUUCUCAAAUGACUCGUGGUGAAAGCCAACAUUUUGUUCGCCAACCUGUUACAAUAGUAAAGUGGAACGAUAAUAAAUCCGUAUUACUUGCAUCCAACUGUACUGGCCCUGCCGCGACAAUUAUCGUUAGAAGGUGCGAUAAAACCAUUAGACGGUAUGUUGAUGUGACUGCUCCAAAAAUAGUAAAAAAUUAUAAUCAACACAUGGGAGGAGUUGAUGUCCUGGAUCAACAGAUGGAGUGUUAUAGAACUUUUAUAAAAACAAAAAAAUGGACCUUAAAAUUGUUAACACACUUAUGACCUCGCGCUCGUAAACUGUAUAGAAACGACUGCAACAGAAAUAAUUAUGCAAGGAAAGACACGAUGCGUUUACUCGAUUCCCGCUUGGAUGUGGCAGAUGCCUUAUCUUGUACACCAAGUAGAACUCGAAGGGAUCUCGCGUCGCGACUAUAAAUAAAAUAUACAGACCAGCAAAUAGACCGUCAGCAGAAAAACGAUAUAAUGGGUAUGAACAUUUCCCCACCAGCGACGACAUAAAAGCGCCGGGGACUUAUAGAUUGGAAACCUGCAGCAGUCGUUCAAAAAUUAGGUGUUAUAAACGUAAUGUGUAUUUAUGCUUACCCCGUGAUAAAAACUACUUUAAGGCUUAUCAUAUACAAUAAUAAGUCGAUCUCAUUGAUUGUAAUAUGUUAAACCUAAGAUCAUGUUAAUUGUUGAAGUAAUUAUAGUUUAUUUUUGGUCGGAUUAUAGAAAUUAAGAAGAUCAUUUGUAAUAUGUGAUUUUAUAAAUAAUUACAGUUUAUUUUUAUAUACUUGUAAUACAGACUGAUUAAAGUAAUAGG